AUGGCUCCACACAUGUACGAGGCAGCACAGAAUUCAGCCGGCCAGCAGUGGGUUCCUCAACCAUAUGUUCUGCAACCAGCUCCCUCAAUAGUACCGCAGCAUACAACACAGUAUGUGCCACAACCGUUAAUAGUACCGCAGCCUACAACACAGUAUGUGCCACAACCGUCAAUAGCACCGCAGCCGACAACACAGUAUGUGCCACAACCGUCAAUAGUAUCACAGCCUACAACACAGUAUGUGCCACAACCGUCAAUAGUACCGCAGCCUACAACACAGUAUGUGCCACAACCGUCAAUAGUAUCGCAGCCUACAACACAGUAUGUGCCACAACCGUCAAUAGUUCCGCAGCCUACAACACAGUAUGUGCCACACCCGUCCUUAAUGUAUCACAAACCAUCUCCAGAUGUCAACUCUGGUAUGCAGCCUCCAAAUGUCAAUCCUAGUAUUCAACCACCAAAUGUCGCCUCUGGUUUGCAGCCUCCAAAUGUCAACUUUGGUAUGCAGCCGCCAAAUGUCGCCUCUGGUAUGCAGUCUCCAGAUGUCGCCUCUGCCUCCAAAUGUAACUCUGGUAUGCAGCCACCAAAUGUUCCCUCUGGUGCGCAGCCUCCAAAUGUCGCCUCUGGUAUGAAGCCUCCAAAUGUUGUUUCUGGUAUGCAGCCUCCGAAUGUCAACUCUAGUAUGAAGCCCCCAAAUGUCGGCGCUGGUAUGCAGCUUCCAAAUGUCCGGUUUGGUAUGCAGCUGCCAAACGUCAACUCUGGUAUGCAGCCACCAAGUGUCUGCUCUGGUAUGCAGCCUCCAAAUGUCGCCUCUGGUAUGCAACCACAAAAUGUCGGUACUGGUAUGCAGCCUCCAAUUGUCAACUCUGAUAUGCAGCUACCAAAUGUCGCCUCUAGUAUGCAGCCUCCAAUUGUCAACUCUGGUAUGCAGCCUCCAAAUAUCGCCUCUGGUAUGCAGCCACAAAAUGUCGCCUCUGAUAUGCAGCCUACAAAUGUCAACUCUGCACCAGAGAAGGGAACAACACCUUCAUUUUUUAGGAAGGGGCCGAGCCUCAACGCUAGUGGAUCGGAAACAUUAUUAAAGAUAGACUUCGAAGUGUUCUGUAAGAGCGUUGACGAUAACGACCCAAGAAUGGAUUACAACCUUAUUAGAGGAUACGGGGGUGUAUGUGUGUUCUGGAGAAAGGAGAUCAACUCGUGCGUGAAAGUGGACGGUGAAGAUAUAACAGGUUCAGAAAACAUCUUGAAUGCAUGGAAAUGUCACUUUGAGAAACUGGCGACUCCAGAUGAAGACAAUUAUGGGGAAAAUGACAAGGUAUCUUUAGCUGAAGAACAGAAUAAUAUCAUUGAAGAAAUUAUCAAGGAAAGCGGGGAAAAUAUAGACCCAGAAGAACUCCAGGCCAUGCUAGAUAUUGUCGAGUACAACACCAAGCGACAACUUGUGAAGAUAAACCCGGAUAAAUCAGAGCUUCUCACGCUGGGAUGCAAGCAUUUAAUACAUGUAGAAGUAACUCUAGAUGGUGCACCUAUAGCUACAGUUACAUCUGUCAAGCACCUCGGAAUUGACCGCACUGCUAAUAAUACAGCUGACCCGGAUCAACACAUCAACCUAACGAAAAAGAAGAAGACUGAUGUCGAGAGAUGGUCACAGAUCUACUGUGAGCGCAUCAUCUCAUCUCGAACAGGCCAACUUUCAGUAGCAAUAUAG